CCGGCGUUCUUAGUACGCUCCAAGAUGGCGGCCCCCACAGUGCGGCGCGGGAUGUUCCUGGCGAGGAAAGUGCUGCAGCCUCGGCUCUCCCAGUCAGGUAAGAGGUGCCUGCUCUCUGCGGCGUACGUGGACAGCCACAAGUGGGAAGCAAGAGAGAAGGAAGACUGCCACCUCGCUGAUCUCGCAUCUUUGAUGGAUAAAACAUAUGAGAGAAAGUUGCCUGUGAGUUCUUUAACAAUAUCACGGUUUGUGGACAACAUUUCGUCUCGAGAGGAGGUAGACCAUGCAGAGUAUUACCUUUACAAAUUUCGACACAGCCCCAACUGCUGGUACCUGCGAGACUGGACAAUCCACACCUGGAUCAGGCAGUGUCUAAAGUAUGGUGCGGAAGACAAAGCCUUACACACUGUUCUAAACAAGGUUCAAUAUGGAAUUUUUCCAGAUAACUUUACAUUCAAUUUAUUGAUAGAUUCUUUCAUAAAGAAAGAAAAUUUCAAAGAUGCUUUGUCUGUGGUUUUUGAGGUCAUGUUGCAAGAAGCCUUUGAUGCGCCAUCCACGCAGCUUCUGUCCCUCUAUGUUUUAUACCACUGCCUGGCCAAGAAGACAGACCUCAGUUGGGAAGAGGAGCGGAACUUCGGUGCAGCCCUGUUACUUCCAGGCCUAAAGCAACAGAACUCAGUGGGUUUGAGUUCCCAGUUAUAUGGCUACGCACUUCUUGGGAAGGUGGAGCUGCAGCGAGGACUGCGGGCGGUGUACCACAACAUGCCUCUGAUGUGGAAGCCAGGCUACCUGGACAGAGCCCUGCAAGUGAUGGCGACGGCCGCCUCCUCCCCCGAAGACAGAAAGCUGUGCAGAGAAGCGCUCGACGUGCUGGAUGCUGUGCUGAAGGCUCUGACGUCCCCAGCCGCCGAGGCCUUGGAGGAGCAGCCCCAGGGAGGUGAAGGCACGCUGGGCCCAGCCCACCUGGUGGAGCAGCUAGACAUCGAGGAGACCGAGCAGUCCAAGCUUCCCCGGUACCUGGAGCGCUUCCAGGCCUUGCAGGCUGAGCUCCAGGCCCUGGGCAGAGUGGAAUCAGAAAGCCUUGUAACUCUGACCACCCAGCUGGUCAAGGAGCAGCUCCCCAGCUGUGAGGCCGAGGACCUGGCCGCCUACGAGCAGAAACAGCAGCAUUGGCGUCAGGAGCAGGUGCAGCUGAUCCAGAGGGAACGGGAGCAGCGGGAGAAGGCGAGAAAGGAGCACCAGGCCCGGCAAGCAGCAAAGGCUUCUGCGUGACAGGCCAUGGGCACCCCCCGCUCCCAGCAGCUCCUCAGUGCCCGGCCCAGGGGGCGGCAGCAGGAUGAGGUGGUUAGCCUCUGUCUGCGUGACAGGCCACGGCCCCCCACCCCACCCCGCUCCGCCAGCAGCACCUCAGUGCCCGGCCCAGGGGGCGGCAGCAGGGGGCUAUGGCCUCUGUCUGCGUGACAGGCCCCUCACCCCGCCCUGCCCCGCCAGCAGCACCUCAGUGCCCGGCCCAGGGGGCGGCAGCAGGACGAGGUGGUUAGCCUCUGUCUGCGUGACAGGCCAUGGCCCCCACCCCACCCUGCCCCCAGCAGCUCCUCAGUACCCGGCCCAGGGGGCGGCAGCAGGAUGAGGUGGUUAGCCUCUGUCGGCGUGACAGGCCACAGCCCCCACCCCACCCCACCCCGCCAGCAGCACCUCAGUGCCCAGCCCAGGAUGCGGCAGCGGGGGGCGGCAGCCUCGGCUUCCUCCUCACAGCUUCUCCUGCUCUAACGCAGACGUGUGGUGCAGGAACCACAGUGUCCCACUGUCGAGAGGCUGUCACCACCUGUCCACAAGCCCAGAAGGGCAGUGAAACUGUCGAAGUGGCCGGGAGUCCCACCGAAUCCACCAGCUCUGUACCUGUAGGGGGCUCCUGGGGCUUUCUGUGGGGGUCCAGGGGCACCAGAGGCAAUUCUCAGCUUUGAAAAUCCCAGCACCUUCUUGGUGGUAGGAGAAGGCAAGGCUGAGAGCCGGGUCUCCCAGCCCAGGCACGUGAGACCAGGUGCAGUGCGCAUGCCGACACCUGUGCCCCUGAGCCGCCUCGCCAGCCCUGAGAGCCGGCUGGGGUGCACAUACACACCCACACUCUGCCUUCCACCACGCCUCCCGCUCCGGACCUGCCCUGGGAGAAGUGCAGGAGUAAACCCAGUAGCACGAACCCUGUGGACUUCCAGGGGCAGGCACCCACAGUGACAUUUUUAGAAUGGAAGGGCUCUUGAGAAAGCCAGUCCUGGCUAGGACACCUUCGUCAACACUGGGGUCACUUUUUCCAAAGCUUUGUAUCAGCACAAUGAGCCGCUGGUGCACGUGCACACAUGCACAACCUGCGAAUGCCAAGCUGGAGACAGCGAGAUGGGCGCGGGGCUACGAGGACUGUCAGGACGGCAAGUGCCCUGAGUUGGCCCCUCUGUGACAUGGGCCGGGGCCGCUGCCCGCUGUGUCCUGUCGCCGGGAAGUACAGUGCCAGCUUUCCCUCGGGCCUGUGCUCCUCUGUGAAGAACCUGUGGAAAUAAAUGUGCUGGCAUUGUUUGUGUGUGUUCAGUGUC